AUGGCAGAUUUCGCACCACCACCAGGCCCUCCCCCACCCAAGGUACCGGAAGGCUGGAAAGCCGUCUGGAACCCGCAAUACAACGAAUGGUUCUACGUCAACGUCUACACAAAGCAAUCACAAUGGGACAAGCCGACCGAACCUGUCUACCCUCCCGGCGAGGCCCCGCCCGCUGGUGCUCCUCCUGGGUAUGCGCCUCCAGCAAGUGGCGCUGUCGGUGGAUAUCCUUCAGCCGCGAACGAGAAGGGAGGAUUCGGUAGCAAUAACCCUUACGCGAACACGAGCGAGGACGAGGCGCUUGCGAGAAGGCUACAAGAAGAAGAACAAGCGCGCGCCAAUGGACACUCGAGCGAUACACGCGGACAAUCGAACGACUACUACAACCAGCCUGGGCAGUCGCAACCACCGCAGUACGGCGGAUAUGGCCAGCAGAGCACCAGCUCGUAUCCGCAAGAACAACACCACGAUGCGAAUACACAAGACAAGGGCAGCAAAGGCAAAGGUCUAUUAGGCAAGAUCCUUGGAAAGGCUACUGGCUCGUCACACUCAUCAUCGUCGCACGGGUACCCACAACAACAGCACGGUUAUGGACAGCCAGCAUACGGCCAGGCGGGUGGAGCAGGCUACUAUGGCGGAGGAGGCUAUGGCCGACCAAUGGGUGGUGGUAUGCCUAUGGGUGGCGGUAUGAUGGGCGGUGGCAGGCGUCCAGGAGGAGGAGGCGGCAUGGGAGGCAUGGCCCUUGGAGCAGGAGGAGGUUUGCUGGCAGGUGGACUUAUUGGAUCGGCAAUGGCCGGGGACGGCGGCGAUACUUAUGUGGAGAACAACUAUGGUGACGAUGGCGAUAUGGGUGGAGGAGAUAUGGGAGGCGACGACAUGGGAGACAUGGGAGACAUGGCAACUUCACGCCUAACAAACAUCAUGGCAGCGGAUCAACAAAAACGCAAUAUCGUUAUCAUUGGUGGCGGCAUAAUUGGCUCUACCACAGCAUACUUUCUUUCGCACCACCCAAACUUCAACAAAGAAAAAGACAGCAUCACACUUUUGGAAGCCACUAAGAUUGCUGGUGGUGCAUCGGGGAAAGCCGGUGGUCUUCUAGCAUUAUGGGCAUACCCAAAUUGCAUUGUUCCACUAAGUUACAAACUGCAUCAAGAGCUAGCUGAGAAACAUGGUGGCGCUGAGCGUUGGGGCUACAGAGCAGUACACUGUGGUCAGGUUGACAUGUAUGGCGUUCUAGCCAAGAGCAAAGGUACCAAAGAUGGAACGAACGGCAAGAGCAAAGAGGACUCAGUGAGCCUGCAAAAGCGGACGCAGAAAGCGAUCGGUUUACUACGCGCUGCUGGUGUACCGAAAGAUUUGGAUUGGGUCGCCGCGGAUGGCAUGAAGGCCUACGAGGAAAUGGGUACACCACUCACGACGGCGCAAGUGCAUCCUUAUCAUUUCACAACGAGUAUGGCACAGCUUGCAGAAGAGAAGGGCGUCAAGAUUGUUUACGGCUCUGCUACCAACAUCGAGCAAGAGAACGGCGCGGUCAAGUCUGUUUCUUACAAGAGUAAAGAGUCAGGCGAAGAGGCAAAACUCGACGCCGAUACCAUUAUCCUUACGGCAGGCCCAUGGACGAGGACAGUCUGGAAGCCCUCGCCUAUUUCAGCUCUCCGUGCUCACAGUGUCACCAUUCGCCCUUCGCGACCCGUCUCUGCCUACGCACUUUUCACCUCAAUAGAUAUGCCACGCGGCAACGGCAAACGCGGCGAGACCGUCACACCAGAAAUCUAUGCUCGACCGAACCAGGAAGUCUACGCGUGCGGCGAAGGUGACCAUCUCGUGCCCCUUCCUACAUCCACUGAUCUGGUUCAAUGUGAUGAGAGCCGAUGUCAAGAAAUCGUUGAGCAGGUCUCCGCUAUCUCAGAGGAGUUGAGAGACGGUGAGGUCACAGCAAGACAAGCGUGCUACCUGCCGAAUGUAAGUAGAGGUAGCGGUCCGCUUAUCGGAAAGACCAGUGUGAAAGGUCUGUUGAUGGGUGCUGGACACACGUGUUGGGGUAUUCAGAACGGGCCUGCGACCGGAAAGUUGUUGAGUGAGUUUGUGUGGGAUGGCGAUGUGAAGAGUGCGCAAAUUGGUAGCUUGGAUCCCAGAAAGUUCGGUGUUUAG